AUGUAUACAUCAACUUUCGCCAAUCUCUUCGUCUUGCUCUCGGUCUUCCAAUUUGUAGCCGCAGCCCCCGAAACCCACUACCCAGCUGCCAAACUUGAAGUCCGGCAAGUCUCCGCUACACCUUCACAGGCCGACCUAUGCCUUGAUUACGAACGCACAGCCAAUAUGUCGACCAUCGGUGCCAACAGUUCCUACAGAACCAUCCUGUUGCAGAAGUCAAAUGUCGGGACCAUUUCUAAUGCUCGUAUGAUGGACGCUGCAAUAAAGAAGCUGCCCGCGCUCGCGGCCGAUCAAACACUCAACACUGUCUGCGGAAACUGGACAGAGAUUGCGCUUAGGGAAGCAGAGGCGAACUUCACACAGGGCAUUGUUGCACAAUUCACGACAGACGGCAUGAAAUUUGAAACCAAAUCAGGGGCCAUCGUUAUCAGUGUCGUUGGCCUUGUCGCCGCUGUGUUGUGUGCUACUUGGAUCAUACCCGAAUAA